UUGCAGACCAGACACCAAGUGCAGCAGUCGCGUCCGAACACCGCAGUCUGCCUGCAAUGCCCUUGGACACUGUCGUUACCGUCCACCUCUGCAGCGCUCUGACCAGUCCGGUCUCCCGGUGACUUAUCCAGGACCAAAUAUUGCGGCAGCUCCGUCUGCGCAUUGUGAAACGCAUGGGGAAGCGCCAAGGAUAACAGAGAUCGCCACUGCAGAGAACCUGCCGGUAGUUCGCAGCCCCCGCAGCAGCAGCAGCAGCGGGAGGAGGAGAAGGGGAAAGAGGAGGGUUGCGCUGGUGUCAGAGGCUUCAGCGUCGCAUCCACUAUUCUGAUCACUUCCUAUCACCUUGAAUGGAUACAUCAUGGCUACGCUUACAUGCAGGGUGCAGUUCUUAGAUGACACCGACCCUUUCAACAGCACCAAUUUCCCAGAGCCCACCAGACCGCCUCUGUAUACCUUUAGGGAAGAUAUUCCUCUGAUCAAUCAGAUAGCUGGAGUCCACAGGCUGCUGAAAGCACCACACAAGGCGGAUGACUGUGCCCUCCAGCUGUCCCAUAAUGGAAGCUAUUUGGAUUUGGAGUCUACCCUGGCAGAGCAGAAGGAUGAACUGGAGGGAUUUCAGGAGGAUGGAGGGAGGGGCAAGAAACACAGCAUCAUCCUCCGUUCGCAGCUUUCAGUCAGAGUUCAUGCCUGCAUUGAAAAACUUUAUAACUCCAUAGGACGGGAGCUGCGGAGGGCUCUUUUUUCUCUGAAGCAGAUUUUUCAGGAUGACAAAGAUUUGGUUCACGAAUUUGUGGUAGCUGAGGGACUGACAUGUUUGAUCAAAGUGGGAGCUGAAGCGGACCAGAACUACCAGAAUUACAUCCUCAGGGCUUUAGGCCAGAUAAUGCUGUACGUGGAUGGGAUGAAUGGCCUCAUAUCUCACAAUGAAACAGUCCAGUGGCUUUACACCUUGGUUGGCUCAAAGUUUCGUCUGGUGGUGAAGACGUCCCUCAAGUUGCUGCUGGUGUUUGUGGAAUACACAGAAAGCAAUGCUGCCCUCCUAAUAAAGGCUGUGAACACUGUGGAUACCAAAGGAGGUAAAAAACUUUGGUCAAAUGUCAUGGAAAUCCUGGAGGAGAAAGAUGGAGUGGAUACCGAGCUGCUGGUGUUUGCCAUGACGCUCAUUAAUAAGACUCUGGCAGCCCUUCCGGAUCAGGACUCCUACUACGACAUGGUGGACUGUCUUGAGGAACAAGGUAUUGAAGUGACGGCCCAGAGACAUCUAGGCAGAAAGGGCACUGACCUUGAUCUUGUUGAACAGUUCAACAUCUAUGAGACGAUUCUUCGUCAUGAGGAUGGGGACGACGAAGCCCAGCUGCCUCCAUGUGGCAGAAAGGACCGCCGCAGAGCUAGCGUCGGUGGUACCAAUGAGAGACGGGGCUUGGAGAGAAGACGGAGCCGGAGACAUUCGCUGCAGAACAACAAAGACCAUCCUUCCAGCUCGGCAUCUCCAAGCAACUCUUACUCCCUUUCCAGUAGUUUCCUUCCCUUUGGCGGCCAACGAGUUGAAGACAUCAGCGAAAGAGAAGAGGAAGAGGAAGAAGAGGAGGAUGAGGAUGAGGAGGCCGAGGCAGAUGAUGAAAGCCAACCAGACACUGAACCCUCUAGACAGGGCUCUCACAGUGUGGCUCCAGAUGUAGCAGACACUCCUAACAUGUGUUUGAACUUAAAGUGUAUGACCAACCUCCUCCUUAAGGCCAGUGAUCCUGCAGGGCAGAGAGACUUUCUCAGCAUCAAGACCAGGACACCCUCUCCUGUGUCCGUUGCACCUAAAAAGAGGACCUUUAGUCCUUGUCUGACAGAUACUCCACCUUCUACAACUUACUCAGCCAGAAAGCCCUGCUGGGCUGAGAGAAAAAUUUGUAACGGUAGACAUCCAACUCCAACAUCACCCAUCCAUCGCCUCAGUAACUCAACACCCUCUGCACCUGACUCCAAGUCUGACAGGACUGCAAUCGGGAGCUUGCUGACAUCUUCAUACAGGCAACAUCAAGAAUCUCUGGCUUCAGAGAGAGAGAAGAGACGUCUGGAAAGAGAGGAGCGUCUGCAGAGGAUUGAAAGAGAAGAGAGAAAUCGAUUCAAUCGUGAUCAUGUGGAAAAGAGGGAAGAAGCGAGACAAGUCAGAGAGGAAAGGUACAAAACAGUAGAGAGGCUGGCUGCAGAGGAGUUUGAUCGGGAGCGCCCUCGAGUGCCGACAAGAGGACGAACAGAAAUCACGCUGUGUUUGAGUCCAACUCCGACCAACCGCUCAGUGUCCCGCUGCUCCACAGUAUCACCCUCUAUCUCACAGGAAAAGACAGUCACGGUUGCAGAGCAGAUGUUGGGAACAGAAAACAUAUCAAGUGCAAACCUCAUCCCACAGAUUAGAAUCAAGAGUCCAGCGCCAGAACUACCAGCAUCAGAAUCGCCCCAAACAGCAAAUGAAACCGAGACAAAGACACGUGCGGUUGCAGGAAUUUUUACUACGAUACAGAGUGGCAAGAAAGGAGCAGCACAGCUGGAUGAGAAAGAGCAGUCGGGAAAAGAGAAGGAAGAGAAACACGAGCAGGAGAUUCUUACAGAACGGGAGCGGAUUGUUGAUGAAGUUGGAGCUGAGGAAGCAGAGGUUACAGAUGGACCAGAGGUUGGAGAACAGGAUGUUAAGGCGGAGGUGGAGUUAGAGGAGAAAUUACAACCUGCAGAUGGAGAGGUGGAGGACAGUGUGAUGCUGAGUGAGAAGGAGAGACAGAACGAGGAAGUAAAUGAAAAAGACAACUGCUCUGCAUCCAGCAUCUCUUCUACAAGCAGCACUCUGGAGAGGGAGGAGCGAGAGCAGAAGAUAACUAAAGACACUGACUCAGGCCAAUGGACUCAUUGUUUAAAGGACACAGAUGUGAAUGACCAAUGCAAGAAGAUUCUCAACAACAAGCGCUUCAUGCUGGACAUGCUUUAUGCCCAGAAGGCCGUCGCAGAGGAUGACAGGGAUGUCGGAGAGUCAGAGACGGAACGAUGUAAAUGUAAAAAGGAAACAGACGGGAGUGACCCUGUGGCCAGUUUGGCCAGCCGGAUCUCCACACUGGAGGCGAAUAGACAGGAAAGAGAGGACUGUGUAAAGAAAUUAGAGAUGGGCAAUCUGGACAACCACAGCAAUGUCAGGGCGGUGGCGGAGAAAUUUGGGGAUUUAGUCAAGGGUCUGACAUGUGCACUGGAGAUGGAGGCUCCUAAAGAGCAACAGCAGACGGACAAAUCAUCUGGUUCAGCCCCGAAAAAAGAGUCGGAUCACAUCUGGGAUCAGCUGAUGGCGUCCCCCAGGGAGCUGCGCAUCAAAGAAAUGGACUUCACAGAUCUUAGAGAGGAGGACGACAUGGACAUUUUAGAUUUGGAGGGCGUGGUCAACUCACCUUCUCCGCCGUGCAGUUCUGCCCUCCCACCACCUCCGCCUUUGUUUGGUUGUCCCCCGCCUCCUCCUAUUCCGGGCAGGAUGAUGCCUCCACCCCCUCCGUUUAUGGCUCCCAUACCACCACCCUCUCCUCAGCUGGGUCGAGGGGACGUCCCUCUCUUCCAGAAGAAGAAGAAGACCAUCCGUCUCUUCUGGAACGAGGUGCGUCCUGUAGACUGGCCUCGCAAAAAUCACAAGUUCUGUAAGGAGUCCCUGUGGUCCAAACUGGAGCCGGUUAAACUGGACACGUCUAAACUGGAGCAGCUGUUUGAGACCAAAUCCAAGGAGUUGUCAGUAACAAAGAAAGCAUCGGUUGAAGGCAAACGACAAGAAAUUAUUGUCCUGGACUCGAAGCGCAGCAACGCCAUAAAUAUCGGGUUAACUGUCUUGCCCCCUCCACGCACAAUCAAGACAGCUAUUCUCAACUUUGAUGAGUAUGCACUAAACAAGGAAGGCAUUGAGAAAAUCCUGACAAUGAUCCCCACAGAGGAGGAGAAGCAGAGGAUCCAGGAGGCUCAGCUGAUGAACCCUGACGUUCCUCUGGGCAGCGCCGAGCAGUUCCUGCUCACCCUCUCCUCCAUCACGGAGCUGUCAGCGCGCCUGCAGCUGUGGGCCUUCAAGAUGGACUACGAGCUUAUUGAGAAGGAAGUGGCAGAGCCAUUGCAGGACCUAAAAGAAGGAAUGGACCAACUUGAGAAAAACAAGACCCUCAGAUACAUCCUCACCACCUUGCUGGCCAUUGGUAACUUCCUCAAUGGCUCAAACGCCAAAGGCUUUGAGCUGAGUUAUUUAGAAAAAGUCCCGGAGGUGAAGGACACGGUUCAUAAGCAGUCCCUGUUACACCACGCCUGCGCCAUUGUGGUGGAAAAGUUUCCAGACAGCACUGACCUCUACUCUGAAAUAGGAGCCAUCACCCGCUUGACCAAGGUUGAUUUUGACCAGCUUCAAGACAAUUUGGCCCAGAUGGAGCGCAGGUGCAAAGCAUCAUGGGAUCACCUAAAAGUCAUCGCUAAACAUGAGAUGAAACCAGCAUUGAAGCAAAAAAUGUCAGACUUCCUUAAAGAUUGUGCAGAAAGAAUUAUAAUUCUAAAAAUAGUGCACCGCAGAAUAAUCAACAGGUUCCAUGCAUUUCUGUUGUUCCUGGGGCAUCCUAUCUAUGCUGUGCGAGAGGUUAGCAUACAUCGCUUCAGCAAGAUCCUGAGUGAGUUCGCCCUGGAAUACCGCACAACGAGAGAGCGCGUGCUGCAACAGAAACAGAAGAGGGCCAACCACAGAGAAAGAAACAAGACCAGGGGGAAAAUGAUAACAGAUAGUGAGGAUGACGAUGACAGUGAGAGCGGUAAAUUUGGAGGUGCCUCUUCAGACGCACAGGAGAGUCAGACUCAGGGUAUACACAGUGCUGACGAUGCAGCGGAACAUGAAAACAUGAAGGCCAUGUUAAAAACUGCUCUGACGGAUGCAGAGAGCAGCACAUCCACAGUGCCCGGACUAAGGAAUCGUACCAGAGGAGGCAGCCUCAGAGGACGUAUUGCUCCGUGGUGUUCUACCAGUGAUGACCCCGUGAACUGCACAGACGACACAGCCGAUGAGAUCAUGGAGAGGAUCGUUCGAUCCGCCACUCAGGGGCCCGGCCCGAGAACGCUACCUCGCGAAAGGAGACGAUCCCGACUUAACAGGAAAUCAUUAAGAAGGACACUGAAGAGCGGCUUGACGACAGAAGAGGCAAAUGCUCUUGGCUUGUCCGGUGGUUCAGAGCUGCAGGUGUGAGGAAGACCCCAAUCACGCUGGAUAUUAAGACGACUGUCGGCCCUUUCACUGCCCCCUACUUCCGAUCCAGACUGGAAACCCACCCUUCUCUAGUUUGACACUCAAACCACAGUGAGCUGGAAUGAGUUGUUUGGUUUACAUACUGUGACACAAGAGAGAGGGGAAAACCGCUGCAAAAGAUCUUAAUCUUAAACCUGUGGGCAGUAAAAACAGCUUUGCAUUCAAACCACUAAGCUUGGCUUUUGCUGGAUGAUCACAGAAUGACUGCUUUCGCAAGGCUUUAUCACGGUCAUCCUUCAAACACGACUCGCGUACAAGUGCCCACAGUUGUUUUGCUUUGUUUUGUGUGCGCCUAAGGCUGCCAGUGCACGAGCUUCAAUCCCUGCAGCCUUCCCCGGAUCCAAAGGAUUGAAUGUGGUGCAGAACCGGAACCCUUAAGAUGACUUUUGCUGGGGGUUGAACAACGUAUAGCUGAGCUAAAUGACAUUUCAUCUAUUGAAUAGAUGGCUUAGUGAAGAUGGUUAUUUUGUUGUUUACUACUGGGGUAUUUUGUGUUUCAUUUUGGUCCGAAAAGGUGCUUAAAAAAGGAACAUUUGCACUGGAUGUAAACGUUGGCUUUCAUUGGAAUGUGAGAUGCUUGACACUGAUGAACCACUCUGACAUCUUGACUGACAAUAUGCUCAUCAAUGUGCCAGCUUUUCAGUAGCACAGUUUUUAACGUGACUGAAGUGGACAGAUUCAAGGCAGAUGUGCAUUAGUUUACAGGUGAAGAAGGAAUUUAUUAGCGUAGAUAUAUUUUUUUGAAGAUUAUAACGAAACAAAAUGUUCAGUGUUGCAUUGUUGGAUCAAUUCUUAAAUAAAAUCUAAAAGGCUGACAAGUAUUCAAGGGAGGCAGGCACAGAUAGUACUCUUUAUAAAGUUGAGUUGUAUUUUAUAGAAACUAUGAGCUGCACAUUUCAGUGCCUUGCGGACAGUUAUUUAUUAAGACGCUUUCAGGGACAUGUGAUCACAUAUUGUUACUACAGAUGUGCAGUUUGUGUAUGAUAAAAUUAUUUUAAUGUUCAUCAGUCGAUGUUUUUAAACCCAUCAUGGCAAAACAAUUUUUUAUCUUUUUGAAGAUAAUGUAGUUUCUACAGCUUCAAGUUGUACGUCAUCCGAGUCCUACCGUUUAGCCUUGGUGUAAAAUUAGUGCACAUACAGAUCGAUUAAGGUAAAGGAGAUGUAAUAAUUGGCCAAACUAAUCUGUAGUUUAAAUGACAUUAAAGAAUGUGUCACUUUGUCCUUUAAAGGAUAUUUGAGUAUUUCUUUUUUUUUCUUUUUAGUACACUGCUGUGAAAAUCUGAAGUCAUCCCUUUUUUGUAUAUUUUGCCUUCAAAAGUCCUGACAACGGAUGCCAAAAAGGCUGUCUCAUUGUGUAUUCCCUGUAUUCACUAGAUUCUCACCUUCACUAUGAAUUUCCAAAAGGCUGUCAAUACUUCUGAGUACAGUAUGUUCCAAAUCAGUCAGAUUUGGAGAAGCUUUUCUGCAUUUUGCUCAGCCCUCCUGUAAACUGCUGAAAGUUUUGCUCUCAGUCUGAAUGGAUAAAAUCUUUGUUCUUCCUCUGACUUUAUUUUUAAACAUUUCACUGAUAUUGAAAAUGGCUUUGAGUUUCCUUUCUGUACCAAAUGGGUUUUGUUGUUGUUCUUUUUGUACAUCAGCCGGGUAGCGUUUAUGACUGGUGCAUUUACUGUUGGGUAUAAGAUUUGAUCUUUUAGUUUUUUACUGACAGGGCAGUGAUCAGGAGCAAUCAAUAUAACAAUUAUCCAUUUUCAAACACUAGAUGGUUUCUUGGUGCAUCUUUAGGAAUUAUUGUUUUACCAGUCAUUCUCAAAGAUGCAAAUUGUUAAAAAAAACAAAAAAAACAAUGAAAAGCAAUCUCAAAUGGCUCCUCUACUUUAUUUGACAGAUCUGCACCGGUGCCCAUCAGAGUAUAAAUAUUUAAUGCAGAUGAACAAUAAAAAGAGGUAAAGUUUGGCUUUCAUUAAAUGUACUUUGUAGCUCCUCAUUUAGCCCAAACAUGCUGUGGAAAUUAUCUGAAAGUAUAUCUGGAAAAAAAUUCCACAACAGGAACAGACAUUACUGGACAGGAUGUAAAGAAGCAGAGUGCUUAAAACAUAAUGUUAAAGAAGGAAAUGUCUAAUGUACUUUUUAAAACACAAAAUAAUAACAAUAGUCUAAAGUUCAAAAGGCUCAUGCAUAUUUUAAGUUUUUAUCAAUUUAUAGGCUAAAUGUUUAGAAAAUAUGGUUUUAUUGCAUUGGGACAGCUCAAAAUAAACAUUGUAACCAUAAAUGUUUAACCUCAUAAGAGAAGGAACCUGACUGCCCUGACUGCUAAGUUGUUUACUUGCACAUAGUUUGGAUUGACUCACUGUAGAGGGCUUGUGAAAUGCCAGCACGAUAAACUUCCAGCAGCACAGCUGGCAGCUUGAGCUGGACACAAAAACAGACUGGAUGCUGUGAAGGCAAUCAAAAACAAAAGCACAGCAAAUCUAUUCAGUUUUGUCAUCCAAGGAACAAACAUAAGCAGGGAAGCAGCAAUGGUGUAAUUGUUUUAUUCCAAACGACUAGCAGCUUUGUUAACUGACAUUUAUUUCAGCUCCAAAUUCUGUGUCCUCACUCAGUUCAGUGUUUUUCUCUUCAGGUGCUGGCUAUUCUGUUCUUCCUUCAUAACCAGAUGCAUAUAAACUCCCGUACGCCAUCAGAAGUUGUUUCUAGUGUCCUUUCGAAACACUAAAACUUUUGUUGUUGUUUAUAAAGGCAUGUGUUUGAGUUUUUCCAUUAUUUCUAAAAAUAGUGGAAUGAAAAAUUGGAUCAGCAAAAUUUAUUCUGACAAAGUAUUUGCAAAAAAACGUAUUUUGAGCUCCAACAGUGGAAUUUUCUCAAAUCCCUAAUAAGUUAAUUUUCUAUCAAGGAUUGCACAUAUUUAAAAUGUUUGUUCAAUAAAAUAAAAGUUAGAAGUGGUGCAAGACUUUAGCACAAUACAGUAUGAAUAAACACAUAUGUAAAAAAAGAUGAUAGGAACAUUUGCCAUCACAUUAUCAAAGACAAUGCUAAACUGAGCCAGACUUUAAAGUCAAAUAAAAUGCUUGCAUACAAAGACUCAUUCUGUGAUCUGUACAUCUCUUCUUUUUUGCAAUUACUUGUGAGUAUAUUCAGUUUUAACAAAGCUUAGAAUUUCUAAGGCAAAUGUAUUUACUUGGAAAUAUGUCACUGUAAAAGAUUUACAGCAAUUAAAUGUGUAAGGAGAAAAAGACUGGGCUGUUCAAAGUUCAAAGUCGUCUUUAUGUCAUCAUAAAAUUUACUCAACCUGGUCUUCAGGAUCACAUCCAUGCCACGUUGAACUGAUGCAGGAGCUCUGAUCAGCAUGGAGCGUAUGCACUGCAGUAUUUGGAGAAACCUUUGAAAAGCCCAGGUUUCUGAAAAAGAUUUUUAAUGGAGAGCUCUAUUUUGAAACAAAACUCAGAAACUGGAUUUUGGCUUUUCAUCAGCUUCAAGCCAAAAUCAACAGGCUCAGAACUGUGUGUAAUAAAAUACAAGUUGCACUUCUAGAAACAAAUUACUGAAUUCUAUUUUUGAUAUAAUUUAUUUGGAUGCACCUAUAAUUAAGGAAAGUGAAAGUAUCCAGACUGGACAAGUUAUCAAUUAUGAGAAAUAAUAGAAACUAUUUAGAAGUGUUUUUUGUUCAUCUUUGGCCCUGCGUGUUUCAGGAAAGGCUGAAAGUGUUAUUGUGAUAGUUAAGCAAAUUCAACCAUGACUGGCUUUAAGAAACGCAACUUUUUUUCUUUUCUUCCGAGCUUCAGAUUAAUUAGAUGCACUUUGAUUUUUUGUUUUGUUUUUACAAAAAGAUCAAAUUAACCAGCAGCUUCAGGUUGAAAGCCUUUGAUUUUCUUGCACUUCAUAUUUCUUACUUUUAGCCCUUAUGUACUGUGGCCUGUUGCAUCUCACCUCAAACAAAAAUAGUAUUAAAACCAAGGCUUCUGUUGUAUACAUCCCCACAGCAAAUCUAUGUAACUACAAUAAAAAAGCUCAUUGAAACACC